AUGAAAUGGGUCAAAGCCGGGACCGUAUCCCCCACACCCGAGCUGCUGCCCGACGUGAUUGCACAGGUCGAACGAGGAAUCCAGUCGUGGGACAUCGAUGCUGCUGCCUACAGCCUUGACGCAGAGUUGAAGCUCUUUGUGUCCAGGCACUCCGCUACCUUUCCAGAUGAAGCAAAGGGUCAGAAAAUUCUCCAUCAUUGCGAUGAGGCGCUGGAAGCUCUGGUGCUGAUCAACCCCACCAACGAGUCGCUGUGCGCUAAGGUUCGGACUCUGAUAUCGUCAGCCUCGCGGCACAAGCUGCUGGUGUUGGCCGGGCCGUGCUUGGAAGAAUCGGGGGAUCUCCUCUUGCAGAAAGGAUCUUUCACCUUCCAUGAUUUCAUCCAGAUCUUCGCCGACAAGGAGAUCGGAGAGCUGUUGAGCUUCACGCCUCCCGCUGACAAGGCCAGCCUUUGCCUCUGCUGCCCUGACCUGGGCGAAUGGAAACGAUCCAGCCUGGAGCAGCACAGCCUCCAGGAGUUCAUCGAGAUCAAGGUGAACCCUCCAGCCACGCUGUCCAAGAUGGAAGGGCUGCAGGAGUUCUUGGAGUACCUGGCCGAGUCGCUGGAGGCAUCGUCUCCCUUUGACCUGCUGGAGCCCCCGGCCACAGUGGGCUUCCUCAAGCUGUCCAAGCCGUGUUGCUACAUCUUCCCGGGUGGCCGUGGGGACUCGGCCUUCUUCGCCGUCAACGGCUUCAACAUCCUGGUGGGCGGAGGCUCGGACCAGAAGUCCUCCUUCUGGAAGCUGGUGCGCCACUUGGACAGGAUCGACUCGGUCCUGUUGACCCACGUCGGCACCGACAACUUGCCCGGGGUCAACAGCCUGCUGCAGAGGAAGCUGGCCGAACUGGACGAGGACCAGUCGCAAGGCUCGGAAACGAACGGUGACUGGGCCAAGAACCUCAUCUCGCCCGAGGUUGGCGUGGUGUUCCUCAACGCCCCGCGCCGACUCCUGGACACGGAGAGGGAGAAGGUCAGGCGGGGAGUGGACGAGGCCAGAGUCUUGCUUCACUAUCUGGACCUUCUGGACAUUAACCCUCUCCCACUGCACAGGAGUGUUGGCAACUCCAUCGAUCCGAUCAUCCUCUUUGAGAAAAUGGGUGUUGGUCGCUUGGAGCUGUACGUCCUUAACCCCGGCAAAGACAGCAAGGACUUGGACUUCAUGCUGAACCAGUGGACGGGCAACAGUUGGCCGAAGGGAAAGGAACUGCCCAUUCAGUGCCUGGUCUCCAUCUGUGCCCUAGUGGCCUGGCAUCCGGCCAGCCGAAUCGAGAAGAUAAUCCGUGUGCUGUUCCCGGGGUGCGCUCCGCAGGGCAAGAUACUGGAGGGGCUGGAGAGGGUCAAACACCUGGACUUCCUGAAGCACCCGGCGGCGAAGCGCAGCGACCUGGAGGCCCUGCAGAAGGAGAUGGGCGGCAAGGCCAAGCGUACGGGCAGCCGGGAGAGUCUCCAGAGCCUGACCAGGGGCUCGUCGGGCAGGCCGCCCUCGGCCAAAGACAAGCCAGCAAGGCCGGAGAAGAAGGAGAACGCCGCCGGCAAAGCCAAAGCCGCGGGCAAGGCGGGCGCGACCGAGACCGGAGAGAAACCGAAGGCAAAAACGGCAGCCAAGGAGAAACUGGUGAAGAAGGAAGCGCGGCCCGCUAAGAUGGAGGACGGCAAAGACACUAGGGUGGCGAGAAAGGAAGACGGCAAAGAGGCAGAGGACAAGAAAGCGACGAGGAAGGACCCGGUUAAAAAGGAGCCCAAGAGGUUUGAGAAAAUAGUGGCCAAGCCCCCUGCCCGAAGACCACCGUCAGCUGCAGAGACCAGGAAGGGUUCGGCCAAGAUCGGGGCAUCUGCCAGCUCCAGAGAGGUCAAGAAGGACCGGGCGGCUGCUGCUGCGGGGACGGAGCCGGCCAGAGCCAAGAGCGGGCCGGUCAAGAGGGGGGUGGGGGCCGAGCCGGGGGGGAGGGGAGUCACAGCCACGCCCUCCGGGAUGUCCACUCCAGAAGACAUGACGGCGGAGUUUGAGAAGCUGGAGCUGGAAGGGGGCGGGGACACGGCGGUCAGUCAGCAGGUCCGUGCCCGGGGUCCGGCGGGGCUGGGGGAGACCUUGCCCGAGGAGGUUGGGAGGGAGACACGGAGACAAGAGCAAGACGUCACUGUGGAAAACGGAGAGGAGCGGGAGGAGGAGGCUGGGGAGCAAGAGACUGGCAUGGAGCGGGCAGCCGGGGAUGGUGCCACAGCAGUGGGUGAUGAAGGUAUGCUUCCAAUCCAUCCCGUUAAUGGUCAGACCUGUGACACUGACAAUGGCCAUGACUGUUUUGAGCUGGAAAGUCCCGACAAGUUCAGGUACUUUGACGAGAGUCUGACCCCCUGCGGGAACGUGGCUGCCCUGUCCCCCCUGGCCAGAACGCCGAGGAGUGACCGCAGCGUUAACUUUGACCUGACGCCCACCGAGGUCCCGGGGCUGGCCCCUGCCGCCAGCCGGGACGAUGCGGAGGACGAGCCCUACGCCAGCUCCGAGGAGAAGACCCUGGAGAUGGUCACCCCUCCGGGCCCCGGCCCCACCAACGCUGGCCACACCCCGUUCCACCAUGGCGUCCUCCCCGGGAGCGAAGACGGCUUAAUCGAGGGCGUUUCCAGCCUCCUGCGCGGGGGGGAGUGCAAUACGCCAGCAGACGGAGCCCCCCCCCCCUGCCUGACCCGAGACCACCGUCUGAGAGUGCCAGCACGCCACAGGACACACACACUGGCUUCCUGCCUGAGCCCGUUCAAGGAGGCGGCCCCCGACAUCUCGCCCACCCUGACCACCCCGUCGCUGCCCGCGGAGGUCGGCUCCCCUCAGUCCACAGAAGUGGACGAGUCUCUGUCCGUCUCCUUCGAGCAAGUCCUGCCGCCGCUGACUGAGGUGGUGCCGGAGGGGGGACCCAGGGUCCCGGCCAACGGCUCCUCCCCCGAGCACGACAUCCUCUCCGGGGCGUGCGACCCGCCCCACCCCAUGACCCUUCCCCUCCGGUCACUGCAGGACGCCUUCCGCCCCCUGCUCCCCGGCCCCGCGGACGGAGACGGGACGGAUGGGCCCGGACCCCCAACAGUCACGUUCCCCUCCGAAUCCCCUCACGACGUUGACCUGUGCCUGGUGUCACCGUGCGAGUUCAAACACCCGAAGACCGAAGUGUCCCACUCGCCCUACGCCAACCCCAGCCCGAGAGACGGGUCGGACGACAGCGACUUGUCCCAGGAGAGCGCCAAGAUGGCGGCGCGGCCCCUCACCUGCGGGAAGGUGCCGAUGGACCAGACCACCACCCCCACCUCCGCCAGCGAGUCCCUCCCGUCCCACCUGGGCAGCGACGCCGCGCCCGCAACCGAGGACUGCCCGUCCAUCACGGCCGGUGACGACAUGGACUCUGAGGACAACUCCGAGAGUUUGUCCCUGGGCCGCUCGGCUCUGGGUCUGGCCCCCAGCUCCUGCGACCCACCUCCCUCCCCGCUGAAAGACCCCCGCCCGCUCCCGCCCCAGCCCGGCAUCUGCAUGGUCGACCCUGAGUCAAUGACCCAGAGAUCUCACCCAGUCACGGUGGAGAAGUCUAAAGGGCGGAGGCCAGUGUCUAAGCCGACCGCGGCAGCUCCGAGUCGCAGAAGUGAGAACGCUAAACAGGCAACUUUGUCCAAACCAAAAGGUCCCCAGCCCACAUCCAAAGAGGCGGAAAAACAGGCUGCGGCCAGCAAGACUGAGCAGCCGGGGACCGUCUCCAGGGUCAGCUCCAGCCAGUCCAUCAACUCGGAGGAGAAGAGGGGGAAGAACUUCCAGGCGUCAAGUUACAAAUCGGUUUACGGCGCGUCUCGCAGCUCAACGGCAGGUGCGGUGAGCAAGUGUCCUCCAGUGUACGUGGAUCUGGCGUACAUCCCCAACGGCCACGGCGCCACGACAAUCAACACCGACUUCUUCAGGCGGCUCCGAUCAUCCAUCUAUGUGAUCAGUGGAGAUGACCCUCAGAAGGAAGGGGCCAUGAGGAACAUUCUAGAUUCACUCCUGGAAGGCAAAGCGGUGUGGAACAACAACAUGCAGGUGAAUCUAAUCCCGACCUCUGACUCUCCCAGCAUGCACGAAUGGUACCAGGAGACACACGAGAGGCAGCAGUCGAUGAACAUCACCGUGCUGGGCAGCAACAGCACCGUCGUUAUGCAGGAGGAGACAUUCCCAGCGUGCAAAGUUGAAUUCUGAUGGCGGGGGGGCGCAAAGACUGUGGAACGCUCUGCUUUUGCCAAGGACCCAGAGACAGAGCCAGGCAGGCUUCCCUUCAACACCAGCCUGCCCUCCCCCCUCCCCCCCCCCUCUCUCUCCCCCCCCCCCCCCCCCCCCCCCCCCGGGCAAUACGUAGGCCUCUUUCUGAAUUGUUUUGUUUCUAGUGAUGAUGCGUUGGGUGAUGCACAUAACCAUGGAAUCUUUGUCCCAGUUCCUGUCAAACCUCUUUCAGUUGCACAAUUGUAUCGGCCGACAGGGUGUGGUCCUCACGAGAGCGGCAGUGAACUGGGUCAAGCGGCAGAACUAACUCUGACCGUGGUGGGAGGGUGAGACUGACCCGGGACCAAGGGUGUGAGAUGGGAGCUGCUGCCCACCCAUCAUUCUGAAGUGGGGACACUUUGGUGUACGUGUGUUGUAUUUUUUACUGCACAGACGCACAUCACUCUGGAACAGAAAUCUGAAGCGAUCUGUUCUGGUCAAGUGGAGUUGAGAUUCUUGACGUCAAUAUGCAUCCCGGCUGCUAGUUGGACUGCAAGCCGCUUUGAAGCAGUGAGGGCGGAGACACUGUUUAGCCUUUUCUUGGCUUGCGACUGUUUUCGUUUAGACCUGGCCACCCAGUGCAUCUGUCCACCUUCCGAUAGGCUGAUCCUCUGAGCCCGAGACCAUCUUCGCUGCUGCACCACCCAAGGUAUGAGUCUGGUACCUCUGAGACGGGCCACACUGUAAAAGUCCCGGCCUUCAAGCCUUGGUGACAACCCGGUGGGACAGCCCGGUGGCUGGUUUGGUCUUGAGCUGGUGCUGUGUCGAUGCACGAUAACCAGAAGCUAGGUUGUUUCUGUUUCACCAUCGUCAAAUUGUCCCGUUGGCCCAGGUCCAAAACUGGGCAAAGUGAACAAAAAUCUGUGCAGUGUCCUGAACCUCACUAAUGUCACUUGAUAUUCAUUUUCCAAUUAAAAUGGUGCCUCAAGGCAAUCCACUGGAAAGGCUUUGAUUUAGUUAUUCAGCCAUUGAUACCACCAUUGACCACAAGAUCUUCUGACUUCUCUUUGAUUGUCAUGUGUUCUUGAGGCAAAUGACCAUUCAAUCAUUAGAAUCUAAAAAGGGAGAGUCUUAUCACCGGUUGUAGGAUGGUUGUCGAGUGUCAUUAGUCAAUAAGGCUAGUACUAGUUAAGAAACUGUAUUCAUUUGGUUGUGUUGGGCAGUAUUAGAGUCUGCUUUGACUCUUGGAGAAAACAGAAAAAUGCCCCUAGAUUGUUACGUCACCACUUCUAGAAACCUCAAUCAGUGAGGAUCUCGGGUGCUGCUUGAUAUAUUAAAUAUAUAUUCCAUGUUAAUUAGCUUUGGUAGGUUAAAUGUUUGUCAAGGAAGGCAAGUGGGGGGAGAUGGGUGGGGAUUAAUUGCCCACCAUGGGGUGGAUCUGGGGACAAGUUGCUUAUGAGGGCUUACAAGCUGCCAUUGGAAGCUCACUGAGGUGUAGACAGUGAAUUACAGGGAUGGAUUGGAUGGGUCCCUGAUUAACACACACACACACACACACACACACACACACACACACACACACACACACACACACACAAGCUCCAAUUGCAUGUCUGCCACUGUACCCUCUCACGAGGAGUUAAUUAAAGCUACAGUCUGUGAAAUAGUUUUUAAGAUAAAAUCCCCUCCUCUCCAUUCUGGCCUACCAGCAGCCUGUACUCCAGAGUAACCAUCACAUUCUGGUUUCUAAGUGCGGGCCUGAAGCUAGUGAUGCAGAUCAGAGAAUAACUCGUUGUUCGGAGAGUUCCUGCCAUAGAUAGAUAGGGCUUUGUGGCUGAGAACUGUUGGAGGAGAGGACAUUGGCUUUGGAAAGUUUUGCUUAAAGGUCUUGGAUGAGAAUGUUAGCGUGCUUCUGAUCUCGAGUUGAGGGAGUUGUGUUGGGUUGUGGAGGACGUGAAUGUCUCCUCCGUGGAGAUCCCACCGUUAGCGCUGGUCUCUUUGUCCGCUAUCCGUGAAGCUCAGCCUCUGUUCCAAGAUGGUGGCUCGACGGGGGAGCCUUGUGUCGGGAGCGUGUGAUGGUUCGGGUAAGUAGUAGAGGGGAGAGGAGGAUGUAUUGUGAAAUGAGUUAAGUCGGUCGUGGUGAAGGGACAGAAUGAUUCAAUGUGAAAAAAUGUAGAAACAAAAAAAAAAGAUUUGUGCCAAAGGCAGACCCAAAGUGAGACUGGCAGCAUCUCUGGAGAAACAUGAUGGGUGAUGUUUCGGGUCGGGACCCUUCCUCAGACUGAACGCUAACAAUGACAGUCAGAGAAUGGCAACGUGUCAAUUGAAAGUCUGAAGAAGGGUCAGGACAAGGGAACAUCACCCAUCCUUUCUCCACAGAGAUGCUGCCUGACCUGCUGAGCUACGCCAGGCCAGCGCUUUGUGUCUGAUCUUUGAUUGAAUGUGAGUUGUACUGAGAGCUGUCUCCAAAUCUGAGGAAGGACAUUAUUGCCAUAGAGGGAGUGCAGAGAAGGUUCACCAGACUGAUUCCUGGGAUGUCAGGACUGUCUUAUGAAGAAAGACUGGAUAGACUUGGUUUAUACUCUCUAGAAUUUAGGAGAUUGAGAGGGGAUCUUAUAGAAACUUACAAAAUUCUUAAGGGGUUGGACAGGCUAGAUGCAGGAAGAUUGUUCCCGAUGUUGGGGAAGUCCAGGACAGCUUAAGGAUAAGGGGGAAAUCCUUUAAAAUCGAGAUGAGGAGAACUUUUUUCACACAGAGUGGUGAAUCUCUGGAACUCUCUGCCACAGAGGGUAGUUGAGGCCAGUUCAUUGGCUAUAUUUAAGAGGGAGUUAGAUGUGGCCCUUGUGGCCAAGGGGAUCAGAGGGUAUGGAGAGAAGGCAGGUACGGGAUACUGAGUUGGAUGAUCAGCCAUGAUCAUAUUAAAUGGUGGUGCAGGCUCGAAGGGCCGAAUGGCCUACUCCUGCACCUAAUUUCUAUGUUUCUAUGAGCACAGAACCUCGAUUAUAUGUGGACUGGACAAAGCAUUAAUACAAAUGUCUCCGGUCUAAUGGGGUACAGGGUCCCUCAAAGUGGGGUUCAGCAAUGUUCCUUUUGCCCGCACGCUCCCACAUGCCCAACCCGUCUCCCAUUGUUCCAGAGGAUAGACACACAACAAAUGCAGGAGUGGGUCAGCAGGACCGGCAGCAUCUGUGGAGAGAAGAAAUGGGGUCGAAGCCAUUCUUCAGACCAGAAACGUCACCCGUUCCCUUCCCUCUCUCCAGAGAUGCUGCCUGUCCCGCAGAGUUACUCCAGCAUUUUGUGUCUAUCUUCGGUUUAAUCCACCAUCUGCACUUCCAUUUCCUGCCAUUGUUCCAGACCUUCUCCAGAAGACCGUCGGUCGCUCACUGCAAGACCACCUGGAGUGAACGGCCUGUUCAUAGUUUACAUCUCUAGAGUGAGCUCGAGUCUCGAACGCCUUGCUUGCCCCCUGAUUCCAGUUCCUCACAUUGACCUACACUCCAGUGAGCGUCUGUACAGAAAGCUAAUGACGAUCAGUGUAAUCGAUGCCGCGAUUCCAAUCUAGUUAUUUAUUAUUCAAAUUAAUAUAUAAGCUGGUUUACACUAUUUUGUAAUUACUGCUUUGUGUCAGAGCAGGACUGUUGAUCUUUUGUGUCGAGCUUACCGAUUUUUAACAGAAAUAUUUUUACCAUGAGGCUAAUCAGUAUUAAACACUAAUUAAUGAUAGUUCCAGGUUAAACGCAACAUGCAGUUCGACUUGAUUUGUGCAUUUCAUUGGGGCCACACGUACAGUGUCCUUGGACGUCCCGUGCUAGCUGACUGCCGAACGACUCGAGCCAUGCGAUGAGGGGGGAGCUCUGUGAUUCUGUUGCAACUGUUUACAAGUCGUCCUGUGAGCAUUUGGCCCGGGUUUGGAACCAGUGAUGUGGGUCGCCAGACUGAGAAAUAGCAGGCCCUGCUCAACAUCUGCCAUGGUGGGAGAGAUCGAAGGUCCGGUGGAAGUUGGAGAAACUCUGUUCCACCCACCCUGCUGAGGGACAAUUGACUGAUUCUCAGUUCCUCCCCAUAACCCGUGAAGCUGGGAGCCCAGGUGGAAGGAUGUCACUUUGACUCGCUGCGUGGAACGUUGAUCAGAGUACCCGCACUCUCUAGUCUGAGUUCAAUGUGAAGAAGGAUUUGCCGUUCCACAUUUCACUUUAGCCGGGAAGCUGUCUGCACUGGAUGGCUUGGAUCACUUUCUGUACAAGCUACUAAUCCCUAUCACUUGCUUUUAAAGAUUGUUCUGACAUGUCUCUUAGCACUACCUUACAAUUCCUGGCUUUAAUAUAGAGUUGAACAAUAAAAUAUUUCCAUAAAGGGA